AUGAGUUUCAACAAGACUCCAAUAUAUCUUCAAGCAGUGAAGAAGAUGCUUAUGAAAGUUGCACAGAUAGUGACACAGAUCAAGAUGAUGCUGUUGAAUGCAUUACCUUAUCUGCAGCUAAUUCUCCACAAGGUUGAUUAUGGUUAUUCGGACAUUGGUGAUCCUCUACAUGAAUGUCAAUCAUGCGGAGCUCAAAUGUGGUAUCAAGAGAGACGCGCAAAAUCCAGACAUGCCGUAGAACCAACUUUCCAAAUUUGUUGUGGUAAUGGAAAAGUUCAAUUGCCAUUCCUAAAACAUCCACCUCAAUGUCUGCAAAAACUAUUGUUUGACAAUAUUUCCAAACAAAGUAAAAGCUUUCAGCAAAAUAUAAGGAUGUACAAUUCAAUGUUUUCUUUCACCUCACCUGGAAUGAAGUUUGAUAAAAAAAACCAACAAGAAUGGGGUAACAAAGCUAUUGAUCCUGAAAUUGUGACCAGCUUGUCCUCAAUGCUUGAUCAACACAAUGUCCAUGCUAAAGUUUUUCGAAUGGCAAGAGAUAAAUUAAAGAAGACUGAUGGAAGGAUAUAUAAUCAUCCCACUGUUUCUGAAGUAGCAGCUCUCAUUGUUGGUGAUGUUGAUGCUGGAGAUACAAGAGAUCUAAUAAUAGAACAACGUAGUGGAAAACUUGAAAGAAUCAAUGAAUUCCAUUCAACAUACCUUGGAUAUCAAUAUCCUCUACUAUUUCCAUAUGGAGAGGAUGGAUAUAGACGUGGAACACUACAUAAAGAAAGGCCCGAUGUCAUAAUUACAAGGAGAAAUCGACUCAGAAUCAUGGAUUGGCUAUCUUUUCGAAUCCAAAUGAGAAAAGCAGAGGCUCAAACUCUAAUUUCUUCCAGAAGACUUUUCCAACAAUUUUUAGUUGAUGGUUUCUCAAUGAUGGAAGCUGAAAGGUUAUCAUUCAUUAGAAACAAUCAAUCUACCUUAAGAGUAAGUAAAUAUCAAAAACUUCAUGCUGCUGAAGGAACAGAUGGGAAAACUGGUAAAAGAGUUGUAUUGCCUUCAACUUUUGUUGGUAGCAAAAGAUACAUGGACCAGUUAUAUUUUGAUGGUAUGGCCAUAUCUGCAGCAGUUGGUUUCCCUGAUUUGUUCAUAACCUUUACAUGCAAUCCAAAUUGGCCAGAAAUUCUUAGAUUACUUGACAGCAAACAUUUAAAACCUCAUGAUCGUCCAGAUAUCAUAGCUAGAGUUUUUAAAAUCAAAUUUAAUGAAUUGCUCAAAGAUCUUACCAAGAAUCAUGUCCUCGGAAGAGUAAUGGCAUAUUUGUACACUAUUGAAUUUCAAAAAAGAGGUUUGCCACAUGCUCACAUUUUACUAUUCCUUCACCCAUCAAGCAAGUUUCCAACUCCUGAUGAUAUUAACACCAUUAUCUCAGCUGAAAUUCCAGAUCAGUCAACACAGCAGGAAUUGUAUCAAUUGGUCAAACAUCAUAUGAUUCAUGGCCCUUGCGGUAUAACACAUACCUCUUCACCUUGCAUGCAACAAACUGGCAAAUGUUCAAAGUAUUAUCCCAAAAAAUUUGUUGAAAAAACUAUUGUUGAUCAAGAUGGUUAUCCGAUUUAUAGAAGAAGAUCAAAUGGUCAUACUAUAACAAAAAGUGGAGUAACAAUGGACAAUAGAAAUGUUGUCCCUUACAAUGCUUUUUUGUUGUUGAAAUAUCAAGCACACAUCAAUAUGGAAUGGUGUAACCAAUGUACCUCAAUCAAAUAUCUCUUCAAAUACAUACACAAAGGAUAUGAUAGGAUCACAACAUCUCUUUCUCCCUCCCUUCAGCGAAAGAGUAAGAAAAAUGAAGAAAUUGAUGAAGUCAAAGAAUACAUUGAUUGUAGAUAUGUAUCUCCAUGUGAAGCAUGUUGGAGAAUUUUUUCUUUUCCUAUCCAUGGUAGGAAACCUGCAGUUGAAAGAUUAUUCUAUCACUUAGAAGGACAUAAUUCUGUUUAUUUUCAAGAUUAUGAAAAUCUUGAUGAUGUUCUUCUUAAACCAAGCGUCACCGAAUCAAUGUUUACAUCAUGGUUAGAAGCAAACAAAACAUUCCCAGAGGCAAGAACUCUUACAUAUGGUCAAUUUGUCUCUAAGUUUGUUUAUGUCAGGAAGUCUAGAAAGUGGAAGCUAAGAAAAAGAGGAUACACAAUUGGAAGAUUAAUUUGGGUUCCUCCAAGUACUGGUGAACUCUACUAUUUUAGAAUGAUGUUGGCAAUUGUAAAGGGACCAACAUGUUAUGAUGAUAUCAAAAAAAUUAGGAACACCCAAUACUUUACCUACAGAGAUGCUUGCUUUGCCAUGGGAUUUCUUGAAGAUGAUAGACAGUACAUCCAAGCUAUAAAGGAAGCUAAAGAUUGGGAUUCCGGCCAUUUUUUGAGAAAGCUUUUUGUCAUUAUACUACUUGCAAAAACAAUGAAUCGUCCUAGACAUUAUAUGCAAACUCAUUUACUUUGUUUCAUACAAAACGCAAAACUCCGGUUAACCGAAGCACAGCUUGAAAAUUUGACUCUAAUUGAGAUUGAAAAAUACUUAGAAGCCAACAUAAAAAGCUUGACAGAUUUUCCAUGUCUUCCAUUUCCAAAUGACUAUGUCACAGCAGAAUUGGGAAAUAGACUAAUUUAUGAUGAGCUCAAUUAUGAUGUUCAUCAACAAAGAGAGGAAUUUCUACAAUUGUAUCAGUCACUUACAGAUGAACAAAGAAGCAUAUACGAAACAAUAAUGAAGGCAGUGAGAAAACAAGAAGGAGGUGUAUUUUUCUUACAUGGUUAUGGAGGAACAGGUAAAACAUAUAUGUGGAGAACACUUGCUUCGUCCCUCAGAUCAAAAUCACAAAUUGUUUUGACCGUUGCCAGCAGUGGAAUAGCAUCAUUGUUAUUACCUGGAGGAAGAACCGCACAUUCAAAGUUUAAGAUUCCGGUUCCAACUUUAGAUAAUGCUACAUGCAAUAUAGAACACAAUGAUGAUCAGGCAGGACUUCUGAAACAAACCAAACUCAUCAUAUGGGAUGAAGCUCCAAUGGCACAUAGGUUUACUUUUGAAGCACUUGAAAGAACACUGCGAGAUGUUAUGAGUUCCUUUUCAAACAGUAAAAGAAUUUUCGGUGGAAAGGUUAUAGUUUUUGGAGGCGACUUUAGACAAAUACUUCCAGUGGUACCAAGAGGUUAUCGUUCAGAUAUUGUACAUGCCACCAUCAAUUCCUCAAAGAUCUGGGACCACUGCAAAGUUUUUACUUUAACUCAAAAUAUGAGGUUGAAAAAAAACGGAAACGAUCAUGAAAUAGCCAAUUUCUCUAAGUGGCUAUUAAAAGUAGGAGAAGUCAGACUAUCAGAGCCAAAUGAUGGGUAUGCUGAUGUAGAUAUUCCAAAGGAGCUGCCAAUUCUUGAUUAUGAUGAUCCCAUUCCUGCUAUAGUUCAAAGUACUUAUCCAAACUUGGUCGAUCAAUACAAAUGUCCAAAUUAUUUGCAAGCAAGAGCAAUUCUAGCAUCCACAAUUGAAGUUGUCGAACAGAUCAACACAUAUGUUUUGAGCUUGAUACCAGGUGAUGCUCAAGAUUUUUACAGAUGUGACUCAAUCGAUCGUGCCGAUGUUAAUGAUUGUGAGAUAUUUGAGACCCUGACACCUGAAUUUCUAAAUUCUCUUAAAACAUCUGGAUUACCAAAUCACAAAAUCAGUUUGAAAAUUGGAACACCGAUAAUGCUCAUGAGAAAUCUUGAUCAAUCAGAAGGCUUAUGUAAUGGUACUAGAAUGAUAGUAACAAGACUUGCAAAUCAUGUCAUUGAGGCAAAAAUUAUAAGUGGAAGACAUCUUGGAAACACAAUGUAUAUUCCACGAAUCAAAAUGUCACCAUCACAAUCACCAUGGCCGUUUAAGCUAAACAGAAUACAAUUUCCAAUUAUAGUCUCAUAUGCAAUGACCAUAAAUAAAUCACAAGGUCAGUCAUUGGAUUAUGUUGGACUAUACUUGCCAAAGGAUGUCUUCAGUCAUGGUCAAUUGUAUGUGGCAAUGUCAAGGGUUACCACUAAAAAAGGUUUGAAGAUCUUGAUAUAUGAUAAAGAUAAAAAAGCAGAUAACAUUUUUCCAACUUCAACUACUAAUAUUGUUUUCAAAGAGGUUUUUGAAAACCUUUAG